CUUGACAGAGCGACUAAAGUGCCAGGGGGGCGUGCUGCGCUGAUUCAGCUUGAUGAUAUCGUUGUGAUUUUGACACAGACAGUGCUUGUAUUUUCCGAGCUAGAGUCGCUGGUCAGCCCGCUCUCGAAACAAGUCAAAACGUCUUACUUAGCACGCCUAACGUGGACGAAGGUACAACUUGGUGUCGAGCGCCUUGUAAACCAAUUGCAGAGACACAAGACGUCGUUGACGCUCCUCCUGCAGAUAAUUCAGUGCGAUUCGGACCUUCAGGCGGGAGAGGCUGCCGGUAACCUGCGGCGGCACAUCGAGCAAGAAGUAGAGCUGGAUUCGGAGCUAUCCCGACGACUAGAAAACCUCCAACUACCGCCAGAUGUUAUUGAACUUGAACACCUGGGCGAUCGAAAUAUGGAGUCUGCUAAGAGCUGCCAGAGAUUGAGAGAGUCAGAUUCCAGACCUGCAAGAAUAAUCAAUAUGGCGUCGCCCAUCCAAGAAGCCAUAAGCAAUAAUCUUGAAUGCGACAAUUUAGAGCCUUCACACAAAGCCUUGACUGUGGAAGAAUCCUUUGAUCUAGUUUUAGCCUCUACCAGAGUCUAUAGCAGAGUGGACGAUCGAGAGGUAGACGCUGUCUCAUCAGUAUCGACUACUAGAUCCCGGGCCUGGUCCAUCUCUUCCGGGUUGAGCCUUACCGAGAUAUCCGUCAUUUCAGUCAUCAAACUGCCCUUAUAUGAGCCUGAAUUGAUCCGAUUUCGCCGACUAGCAUCGCCAUUGCCUCCUUCCAACUCCAGCAGCGCCGGCAUACCAGAUACUCUAAGGAGAUUGCGCAAGGAGUUGGCAGACUUUGACCGUGAUCCACCUAGCUCGUGUUCUGCUAGUCCGAUUGGAGACGAUAUGUACCAUUGGUCGGGAACGAUUAUGGGUCCGUCCGAUACACCAUACGUCGGAGGGGUAUUCUUUCUGGCUAUUCACUUUCCUACCGAAUAUCCCUUCAAACCUGUUAGGGUCAAUUUCACUACCCGAGUUUACCACCCCAAUAUUAAUAUAAACGGGUCGAUUUCGUUAAACAUUUUAGCAGACCAAUGGACUCCUGCGUAUACGACUUCAAAAGUACUAAAAUUAGCAGUUUUGCUUUCGAUAUGCUGGCUUUUGGAGAAUCCAAAUUUCGACGAGCCUCUGGUGCCAGAAAUAGCCCACGUCUAUAAGACUGAUCCAGCACGUUAUGAAGCAACGGCGCGUGAGUGGACGAGAAAGUACGCCAUAUAAAACGGUAAUAGAGCAAGGAACAAAGUAGAGGCUGUUGUGUUCAAGGCCAAUCGUUUAAGAUAAUGACGUUUUUGUUUUAGGGAGACAUUGUUGGCAAGUCUAUCAUUCUUGAAGUUUAUUUUAGUGCGACGUCUAGGGCGCUCGCGCCUAGUAUUACUGUCAAGGCGUAGGCGGUUGUAGGUUGAGAUAAGGUAGUGGUUGGGAUUUGAGAAGGUGUUCAAGAGAAGUGAUAUAGGAGAAGAGUUGGAUUUUGG